AUGUCUCCUGAAGAAGCAAUAGAGUACAAUAAUAUAUUGGUUGACGCCCUUAAUGAAGAUGAGACCGCUUUCUCCAAUGACUUUUAUGAUUUUGCGUCAUUGCCUGCCACUCCACGCAACAUGAUCCUUGGUCCCUAUUUUUACGGUCGUAUGCCCAGCUCUGUUGUUAAAGUCAUGCGACUGCAACAAAAAGACAUUUGUUUGCUCGGAAAAUACCUUAAUUGGCAAGGUUGGGACCGACCCAAGCUUAUGAGGGGUUGGCCUACUUCUGGGCCAGAAAAAUGGAACAAGUGGCUUGAUCGACUAUCAAGCUUGUGCGAUACGCAAUGGAGGGAAGAGGGCAUCUAUGAUGCAAUCAUGCUUUGUAAGUCCAGUUUCACAUGUGACCGUAAUCUCGUCGCAGCCGGUCUUUGUUUUUGGUCGACUUCUACCAAUACUAUGAAGUUAAGAUUUGGGAUGAUGACCCCAACUCUUCUUGACUUAGCCGCCAUGGCGGGUUUUCGACCACGUGGUGGUGAAGUAAGUGCUUUAUCUUCAUCAAAAUGUGAGGUUGAUUUCGGUUUCACCAAGAAGAACAAAAGCUACAAAGUUUUCAUGGAAGCUAAUGCUCAAGAAACAGGGCCACUCACGCAUAAAGAACAUCCAGCUUUUCUCAUGAUUUGGUUAUGCAAGUACGUCUUCUGCAUGGCGUCGGCGCAAGUUACUUUAGAAGUUCAGCCUCUGGCCGAAGCACUAGCAAAAGGCCAUCGGUUGGCCCUUGGGCCAAUGGUGUUGGCGUAUUUAUAUCGAGGUCUCUACAAUAUGGUGCCACUCAACCCAAUGAAUUGCAAUACUACCGGGCCGAUUUGGUUGUUUCAAUUGUGGCUUCAAGUAUACUUUCCAGAAGUACGGCCAGCUCAUGCUAUAUUUUCUCCUAAUUCUCUUAUUGGAGUAAAUCUUUUAUCUCUACCCCUCUCCGGCCUCAAAGUUGAAGAUUACUUUGGAAUUUUAUACAAUUGUGAAGGCCGUUCCCCAGACGAAUUUUCUGUUUGUCUAGACCGAGAAUUUCCUUCUUAUCUUGGGUUGAAACUAAGUUCUCCUUCCCCAGCCGAUAACGGCCGAGAUGCCUUCCUUAAGAGCCUUUGGGCUAGCAUUUUAUUAAGUAGAGACUUACACCUCGGCCUGUCAGUGGGUACACAUGCCAACUACCCAUGCGGGGUUGAGAUUUAUUUCCCUUCUGCGACCGGUCGUCAAUUGGGUUUCACCCAAGCUAUCCCUCUUCCGAUCACAGAAUCUUGCAAUAUGGGCACAUCCCACAGAGCUAAGUUCAAAACAAAAGCUGAAUGUAACAUGGUCUCUGUAGACAGCAAGCGAAUGUGGAAAACCUUGAAUCUGCAUAUUCAAGAUGCCAACUUUAAUUCUACAACCCACUUUGAUACUUGGUGGAAACACGUCACCUGUGACUGGUUUACAUCAGCUACUAACAUUAUUUUUGCCAAGCUUUUUCAGAAAUGGCCGUCAACAAUUAAGGAUGCUACUUCCUGCAACUCAGUGAGCGACACAGGUAACGUGGCCAGAGAAAUAAGUUCCGCUUCGCCAGCAUUACCAAAGAAAAUACUGCUCAACAAGCGAAAUCACUCAACCAUGACUGGGGAUUCAUCUAGUCAUAGUCAAGCCGCUGCUUCGGCCAAGCCUAAAGUAGUCUCAAGGCCUAAAUCCCUUGUCAUUCGUACAAAAGCUCCAACAAAACGGCCCAAGAAAGAUCCCGUCAUUGAGGAUCUGCCUGACCUUUCCUCACCCGGCCAUUCUCAAGAAUUUAUAGGCUUUGAGACCGAAGACCAAUUUGAUUCGCCGGCCGAUAAUACUGUCAUAGCUGAGGUUAAUGAGGCCGUUGUUGCGGCCUUAGCUGAUGACAACCUAGGCAAACAUAUCUCCCCUUUCAAUGUGGUUGAAAUAGUUAAGGAUACAACGCAACCUAGAAAGAAAGCACUCCCCUCAGAGGCUAUAUUGGAGUCACUUCAAGGCAUGAGAGAUUACUUGGCUGCAGCAAAGGCCGCCACCACUUCUUCAUACAAUUCUUCCUUAAAUAUUGCAGCCAAAGCCACCGUCCAAACCAUCCUCGACAAAGACCAUGCAAAUUUAGCUAAUGAAGCUCAACAUACUCGUCUUUGCUCAUCCAUUCAAAGUCUCCUUGAUGCCCAUUUUUUCCCAACUGAGGAGGAACCCACAAUCAAAGGUUUCAGGAAGCAAUUGGCCGAGGGAAUCCAGGCUUACAAUCAAGCCGUGAUGGAGUACAAUGAUGGCCAAGCCUUGACUGAAAAGAUUCAAUCAACUAACCAUAUUCUGCAAGCCCACCUUCAUAUAUGCCACGAGGGAAAAGAAGAGCUGGACAAACUUGAGGAGGAGCAGAAAAUCAACCAUCCUUGCCAAGAUUGA